AUGACCCAGAACAUUCUCGAGUACAACCUCCGCGUUCAAACAGUUUUGGAUUACAAGAUGCAGUUUGUGGAGCCGCCGAAUGUGCUUGUGAACCGUAUAGACACCAUCAUUGCCAAGCUUUUUCGAUUCCCACGCGCAGCUGGGCCUGCUUGGGCUGGUUUCCAUAUCGAUCAACUUGGUUUUCCGAGGUGCACGCCGAUCGAGUGUUACGGGCUUUCCAUGAUGACGCGUUUCGCCCUGACCACCUGCUCCGUUUGGCGCGGGGUUCUUGCCGCCACAAGGGCCCUGGCGGAGAACCGGUUGAGCGUCGUGCGCGUCGUCGGCCCCCUCACGCACGACUGGUGGAAGGCGCCACUCUUGGCCCUCAAUCUCGAGCGCGCUGCGGAUUUUCAUCCCUCGUGGCAGCGCCAGGGGAUAGGAGACAUGACGAAGGGCGACAGCAACGCGGGCAAGGGCAAGGGCAAAGACAAGGACAAGGACAAGGACAAGCAGUACAAGCAGUACCGUUCGGACGGUGCCACGGGCUCCGACCAGCAGGGCUUCGCGCAGAUCGCCACGGCCUUGCAGACGAUGACGAGCUCCCUGGACACCCUCCAGAUCGAGAACAAAGACGGCAUCGCCAAGCAGCUUACGAGUGUGGCCACGGCACUUCAAGCAGCGGCGAGUUCCCCAGCACAGGUUCCUAAGUCCCGAGCACUUCGGUUGGCAGAAGCAGCAAGGAAACUCGAGAACGCGAACAAAAAGUACAAAUGGGCGUUCGAUGCAAAGCAGUCAGCGGACGAGAAGGCGAAGAAGGCAACAGAGCUGCUCACGGCCAGAGCGGACGACGUCCUGAAUGCGGAGAAGGAAAUAGAGAUGAUACAGCAGGAGGGCAAGGAGAAGCCGAAGAGCAUCUUCGACCAGCUGCUGAACGCGGACACGGAGCUGAUCCAGCCAUCGGAGAUCGAGAUCGCCGAGGUUGAGGCUCACUUCCAGUACGACGAGGACAUGGACGAAGAGGGAAAGCGGCAAGUGGAAUUAGCGAAGAAGCAAGUCCUGGAGCAUCUUCGGCAGACGGCAUCAACCUUCAGGGGCCAGCUGAAAGACCACUUGCAGCAGGCGAAAGAGAAAGCACAGCAGGAGCGCGCCACGAUCACCCAGGCCUACAAGAAGCGGAAGGCACAACUCAAUGACGUGGAAUACGAGCUGCAGAAAUAUGGGUUCUCAGCAGUUUUCACGGCAGCCAGGCAGAGCGAGAAGAGCCAGAAGGGGACCCACGGUGGCACAGCUGUCAUCACCAAGGGCCACCUGAAGGCUACCUCUUUCCGCCACAAGGCACGGGCAGGCACGACCUCGAGUGUGACUACUAACCAAGGGCCGUGUGACAUAGACAUGAUUGACUGGACGCCAGUCACGCUCCAUUUGAAGGGCACCUCGCUCCUCAUCAUCUCCCUCUACUUGGACCCGAACGCCUCCCUCGUCGACGGGGUAAACGCCAGGAAGUUGACCUCGCUCGCGGCAUUCCUCCACACUACCCCCAUGCCGUGGAUCAUCUGCGGCGACUUCAAUUGCGAGUUCGACGCGCUUGAGAAGACAGGGUGGCCGACGGCACUGGGCGCAACGGGUGUGGUCCAAGUGCCAGAGGGCCAGAACACGUGCUUCCUAGGCGACGCGACCCCCUCGAACAUAGACUACGCCCUGGUGAACGAAUGCAGAAGAUCGUGCAUGCCGAAAGCUUUUCCCCACCCCAAGCUGCCGAAGAAGACCAACCCCAACAGCAAAACAGCAAAGAAGAAGAAGAAAGCAGCGCUACCAGUUCUGGACGAAUCAGACAUCCCCUCCGACGACGUACCCGCCGAGACCGACACGAUGAGAUGGGAAGCCCUUGGGCCAGACGGAUGGAAGCGACACCAGACUGGAGCGAUAGAAGACGUUGAGACCAGUGGACCCGUCCCAAGACAAGUCGCACACAUGGACAUCGAGGACAUAGACCCCUUCGACGACCUGGAUGCGAACCUUAUCAGCUCGGACAGCGACAUGCUCAUGCCAGAGGAUGUCGAAGGGGCUUGGGACACACCAGUGGCGAUGGAUACUACACAAAAGGCGGCGAACACGAAUGAGACCAUGAACGACCAAAAUGCAGCCGCGACCAAUUCGUCGGACCUGUCGAAGGAAACCCAAAGGACUACCUCACAGACGAUGGAGCAGCGGAUCGCGGACAAAGCAGCAGGGGUGGACACCGCAAGCAUGGGCGAUACUUGGGAAGUGGCAGCACAACUACAAGCCUUGGAGUCGACUGACACGGCCCCCGAGUACAUAAAGCAGAGUGCAGCAUACAAGACCGACCCGAACGGAGCAGAACGACUAGGACGGCAAUAUCAUCAGUUCAUCGGCACUCUGGAGAAAUUCUAUUGCAUGGUUUACAAAGUGGUACCACUGGACAUACUUCAGGGCAUGGCAGCACAAGCAGCACACGAGAAGCGGACAGCCAUCAAGCAAGACAUGCGGGACAGCAGCAAGCAGUACAGUCUAUGGUUGGCGCAAGCAGAGAAGACCAUCGGUGUUCUGCAUCGGAUCACUAAGAGACUCAUCACGGACGAGUGUGCAGACGCGUUGGAUGUAUGGGAAACGGUAUUGUUGGCAGGCAUCGAAAAGUUCUACGACAGCUUGAGAAUCGACAAAGUGGCACCCGCGGCAUUGCAGAUGAACUUCCCAGCAAAGCCGUUAUACCUCAUGAUGCCCCAACAUUCAGCUACCAGAGUCCUGCGAUGCCAUGGCGCCUUCUCGGAGCCGAUCCUCCCCGACAAGUCGAUAUUAGCAGGCUCCAGACAUGCGAACAACGUGGCCAAGACGGUGGUAUACGCAGCCAUGGCAAAGUUCACAGGUACCACGUGCUUACCUCGACCUAUCCCGCGGGCAUGGUUCGACGACGUCAGUAUUCGCAUUGUGGGCAGCAGAAAACAGAUCACCACGGCCACGGUCGAGAGCACAAAGAUACUAUUCCUGGCACUAGGAGAACAAGGGCUCAAAUUGGCAGAUAAAACUACGUUGCUGGCAACAAGCUACAGCGACGCAAAGAAGAUCCAGAAGCAGCUCAAGACGGCAAACGUGACCAUCAAGAUCAGCACCGAAGCGCAGAUUGGCGAUGCAGGCGGUGUGGCUGGGCAUGGGUACGACUACGGCAACAAGGCGACGGCUACGAACUCGCAGCUGGACAAUUUGGACCCCUCCCAGGUGGUGUAUAAAGGCUGGCACAACAGGAGGUUCGAGAAAUGCGGCGAAGUCGGCACCAACGGCGACCUGUGGCAGCAGAUCGGGCAGGAGCUGGCGAUGCGGGGCGGAGUGGAAAGUAUUCAGCUGCACCACAUCAACAGCCAUCUCUCCUGGGAGGAUGCGGAGGCUAAAGGGUUCCCUCGGCAUGCUUGGUAUGGCAACGGCCAAGCAGAUCGCUUCGCCGACGCAGCCGCAGAGAACCACGACAUAGACUCCGCGCAGAUGGGUUGCUACGAAUGGGUCAACUCGACGGCAGCCCUAGUACGGCGAAGGCCGCAGCUCGCCAAGUCGGCUUGCCACGGCUCCGCGCGCCUCCGCAAGAUGCGCGCGGAGAAAGGCGCGUUCGAGGCCGAUGGGCCUUCGAGCGGGCGGCUUGCUUCGCUCGCCUCGCCGCGAGAACGCGGCGGCGGCGGCGAUGUCCGCGAGGAGUGCUCGAAGACCUUCCACCUGGCCUCGGAGGAGCGGUGGCAGGGGUACCUGGAGGCCUGCCGGGAGGCGUUCGCGGAGCUGGAGGAGCCGGCCAGGCGGGCGCUGCGGUACGCCGACAGGAGCGGGCAGCUCCUCGACCUCAUCGAGCGGGGCAGGCAGGGCGAGGGCAGGCCGGACCAGGCGCGCCCGAAGGUGAUCUCGUGCCCGGAGGCGCGGUCCCCCCGGGCGCUACCCUCGUCGACGCCAGAGGCGUGCGCCGGGGGGCUGCGCCCCAAGACCUGGGAGGAGCUCCGCGAGGAGCACCCCGCGGACCACGCCAGCUACCUGGAGGCGGGCUUCGCGCCCCUGAAGGUACCCUCGGCGCUGAUGCGCGGGGAGGUCACGAAGUUCGACGCGCGUGAGCUCCUGCCCGCCCGCAUCCCGAAGGGGGCGGACGAGGUCCCGGUCUGGGAGGGCGACGGCCUGAGCAGGACGGGGGGCGGCGCCCGGUGCUCCAGGUGGCUGAACCUCUUCACCACCCGCUUCCCGCGGUGGGGCCCGCGCUCGCUGCGGGCCAGGCUGGCCAGGCGCCUGGUGGUGCCGGCGCUGCUGCGGCUGGCGUGCCCUUUCCCUGGCGCCAGGGCCCUGACGCUGAGGGAGUACGGGAGGCUCUCCGAGCGCUUCCACCUCGAGGAGGUGCCGUACAGCAACUUCGCGGACCGGAGGGCGGAGGCCCAGAAGGUCGCGAAGAGGAUACGGGCGGGGAGGGGCCCGAACAACCAGAUGGCCGGGGUGUCCAACGUCAACAUUCGAAGGAGAAAGAGCGGCGCAAACAUACAGGGCCCCUUCAAACAGCUCAUGGGCGCCCUGCAUGUCCUCGCCGUGCCGUCUCUGGAGUGCAUCCUCAUGCCGUCUCGUGCCUGGCAGUCGAUUAGACAUGCGCCGACGUCGCGCCGACUUGCACCGAUCUGGCGUCGAUUGGCGUCGACGCGCGCCGACGAGCGCCGACCCGCAGGAGUCAGUAUAAGAUGCCACGGCGAGGCUCCCGCGGGCUGCCACAGGGCACCCUCUGGAGCUCGGUGGUCGGCGCACCCUGUCCUCGGAGCGGCGCUGGGCUCCCCUGCCGGGUGCGCAUAG